CUUAGUUACAACCAUAAAACCAUCAUCAUAAAAAAAGGUAUGAAGAAGCUAUCAUCUCUUAUUGUAUCUGUCAUUUGUGCCACUUUAAUGGUUCAUGCAGCACCUAUGGAAAGAAAUAAAGCAGGAACAGUUAUUGUACCCAUCACUGCUAAUCCUAAUUAUCAUCGGAAUAUCCACACAGCACUUGAUAGAAUAAGAAAAAAACGAUCGAAAUGGAUUUCUUCUAAUCAUCUGGUAAAAAAGGAUGGUAUCGUUCCUAUGAUUAACUAUGAAAACUUGGAGUUCAUUGGAUCUGUCUACAUUGGUACCCCGCCUGUAAAAUACGAUUUGGAUUUUGACACGGGCUCUUCCGAUCUAUGGAUUCCUUCAACUACUUGUACUACGUGUGUCAAUAAGACUACCUAUAAUCCAAAUCAAUCUAGUUCUUAUGUCAAAGAAGGAAAACCAUUUCAACUCAGUUAUUUGGACAAAAGUAAUUCAUCAGGCAUCACUGGAUUGGAAACGAUAACUAUAGGAGGAUUGACCAUCAAAAAUCAACGAUUUGGUAUGGUAACUGAAGAAUCAGCUGCAUUCUCGAAAUCACCAGACGAUGGACUCUUGGGUUUGGCUUUCAACUCGUUAUCUGUACUCAACGAUACAAAGACUCCUUUGGAUAACAUGAUAUCUCAAGGUUUGAUUUCAAAACCAGUCUUUGGUGUAUAUCUUGGUAGUCUUAGGAAAGAAGGAGGAGGCGAAUACGUGUUUGGAGGAUACAAUCAAUCAAAAAUCAGUGGUCCUCUCAUCAAUGUCAAUGUAGACGUCAAGAGUGGAGGUUAUGGAGUCAAAUUGAAAAAUUUGAAUAUUGGUAACACUACGAUCCCUGGCUCAUCUGCUGAAUAUCUCGUGGAUACAGGAAGUACUCUUCUUAUACUUGACAAAUCUACUGCUGCUAUUGUUGCAAAAGCUUAUGGUACUGUGCUCAACAAUGAUGGUCAAACUUACAAUAUUUCUUGUGAUCCUGCGUCAGUACCAUCUUUGUCUCUCACUAUCGAUGGUUUUACAGCAAUGAUUCCAUCAGAAGAUGUUAUCUAUGCAAAUGAUCAUGGUCGAUGUGUGGCAGGAUUUACAUUAGGUUCAUCAUCAAAUUACGGAAUCCUUGGUGAUCUCUUCCUACGUAAUGUUUACACAGUUUUUGAUCAAGGUACUCCUGCUCUUCAAUUCGGUCAUUUAGCUUAAUUGUAUGAAAUAGUUCCCUUUAUAUAUUAGUGUAAUGUAAUAUAUUAUAGUGUAGUAUAUUCAAUAAAAAAAAAUAUCUCUAUUUCCG